AUGGCGGCCUCACCGGCAACAUCGUCCUCGGCCGCGAGGGCCACCUCCUUCGCGCGGCUAUCGAACGCGCCCCUGCGCGCUCCCAGAGCCGGCGCCGUCUCGUUCCCGUCUCCCAACUCCGCUCGUCCGGCCGCGCUGGUCGCGGAUGCUCGGGCUUCCCGGCUCCCCGUCGUGGCCGCAGCCGCCGCGGGGCACCAGCGGCUGAUGGGGUCGCUGACCAACACCGAGGGGCUCAGGUUCGCCGUGGUUGUGGCACGGUUCAAUGAGAUAGUGACCAACUUGCUUCUGCAGGGGGCUCUAGAGGCAUUCGAGCGAUACUCUAUCAAAGCAGAAAAUGUCACUGUAGUUAGUGUUCCUGGCAGCUUUGAAAUUCCUGUUGCAGCACAGAAGCUUGGGAAGUCUGGAAAGUAUGAUGCAAUUUUGUGCAUUGGGGCUGUGAUUAGAGGUGACACAACCCACUAUGAUGCUGUUGCAAACUCUGCUGCUUCUGGUGUACUCAAUGCUGGAUUGUCUGCUGGCGUCCCCUGCGUAUUUGGUGUUCUGACCUGUGAUGACAUGGACCAGGCGCUAAACCGUGCUGGUGGCAAGGCUGGAAACAAAGGUGCUGAGACCGCCAUAACUGCUAUCGAGAUGGCCUCACUGUUUCGGCAUCACUUAGCCUGA